UACGACUGAAUAGUGGGUGUAUAAAUCUUUGUCUUUAUCUGCUGACGAAAAAUAAAAAUUUACCUAAGAACCUUAAGAAUAUCGAGAUAAUGAAAUUUUUGAAAAAAGUGGAUCAAAUGCUAAAUUACAUCGCCCAUCUUUAUUAAGGAUUGUAUUUAGUUGAUUUAUAUUAGGGUUAAGUUUGAUUGAAAUCAAUUUAUACCUAUUAAUUUACUUGAAUGUCAAAAUAGAAAUGGCAACUUUGUUUCAAACGCAGAUUUUGAGUGUUUUAGGAAACAAGACAAAAUAUUUAAUGGAAUUAAAAAAAACAUUUGCUCGUCCAUUAAUACAACUUGCAGUAAAAGCUAUAGAGCUAGAACACAUAGAAGAAGGUGUAUUGGACCGGAUAAGCAAGAAAUAUAAUAUACCUGAAGAUCAUGUAGAUGAAUAUUAUGCUGCUAUUCUUGCAAUUUUGAAAACAUAUCUUCGUUUGCAGUGCCAUACUAUUAAACCUACAGAGUUUAAACAGUGUUUGGAAGAAUUAAAAUUGGCGCCAGAUUGUAUAGAAGACUUAUCUUCUGUCAUUUAUGGACCAAAACAGUCAAACUUGGUAUCAGGUUUAAUUCAGAGGACAAAGUUUAAUCCACAAUUGAUAUCAUGCAGAUGGCGUAUGGAUAUUACUAUUUCCUCUAAUAUAUUAAAUAGAGUGUUAGAACCAAACAUUAUCUUAGAAUGGAUCUUCAAUACAGGAGAAUGUAUAACAUUUGAACUAUCCUUGGCAAAGUUUCAUCAAUUGAGGCAUACUAUAGCCACUAUCCUUAUGGAAUUGCAAACACUAGAACGGCAUAGCAUUUUUAAAACUAUCCAUUCCAGCUGAUAAUGACAAAAACGUUACCAUACGUGAAAGUUAGAUGGACAUAGUGUUGCUACGGAACAGACAGCAGUCCAAAAUAUGGUCUGACGUGUUUGUGAUUAUAUUUUAACAGUGAAUAUUUUGCAAAAGAUGACGUCGAUAUUAAGGAAUUGUUGGAAAUUAUCA